AUGGUCCGCCAAACAACCUGGAUACUCCCCCUCCUACUCCUCCAGGCCCUCCCCUUCGCCGUGACGCGUCCUACAGCCGUGAACGUGGACGUGCAAGUGCCUGAUGCAGACGCCUGUGCCGAUGGUCAGGACUGUACUAUGAACAUCCACGGCGGAAAGGAUGACGAUGAUGAUGAUGAUGACGAUAUCACAGACCAAGUCCGUCAUAAACAUCAUCAUAAAGACCAGGGUGAUGAUGAUGAUGAUGAUGACGAUGGAGACUGGGAUAGUGAUAGUGAUAGCGACAGCGAUAGUGACGAUGACUCUGACUCCGAUUCUGAUUCUGAUUCAGAUGAAGAAGAUGACCACCACCACGGCAACGGCUGCGACAACGACAACGACAACGACAACGACAACGACAACGACGUGCAGACCAUCACCGUCACGACCAUCGAGCCUGGCCCAACCCAAGUAAUCACCGUAACCACCACAACCACCGAAUCCAACACAGCCGGCCUGAUCCCUCCACCAACCGACUGUCCAGUCACAACAACAGCAACAACAACAGAAACAGCAACAAUCUCAAUCCCCGGCCCAGCCAUCACCUCGACCACAACCGCAACAGCAACAGCAACAGUGACAGAAACCGAAUCGGACAUCAUCACCGCCACUAUCACCGAUACAUCCACUAUCACUCAACCCCCAGUGACCACUACAGAGACUGCCACAUCAAUCUCCACAACAACAGAUACCAUCUCCUUCACCAUCACCGACACAGACACGAUCAUUAUCCCGGGACCGACUAUUACCGAGACGGAUGUUUUGACUGCUACUGCUACUGUUACCAUCACAGAAACAGAAACAGAUACCGAUACUGUAACCCUCCCUGCAUCUACAUCUACAAUCACCCUCCCUGCCUCUACAUCUACAGUGACAGCAACAGCAACAGUCACCACAACAGACACAACAACCUGCCCCACCGAUACCCCCGGCGGUGACGACAACAACACCACCGGAGGUACCGACUACGGGCAAUGUUCCGACCCCAGCAUCUCCUGGCAAUACGGCCUGGACGGCCGAACCGAAUGGAGUUUCAUCACGAACAACCAAGUGGAUUUCGGGCAUGGGAGUUCCACUACCAUCGAUACUUUGAUGAACUUUGUGUGUAAUCGGUUGAUUAGUCCGUGUAAUGCGCCCCAGGAGACGAUUGAUGCGUGCUAUGCGGCUGAGGAUCAGGUCAAUAGUAGUGGGCUUGUUGGGGAGGAUGCGGCGGAUUUGUGGAAUGAGUUGAUGGCUUAG